AUCCUAGUUAACGUCAAGAUUUAGUUACAUUAUGUUGAAUUACCCUAGUUAACGUCAAGAUUUAGUUAGAUUAUGUUGAAUUACCAUAGUUAACGUCAAGAUUUAGUUACAUUAUGUUGAAUUAUCCUAGAUAAUGAUUUAGUUGGUCUAUUUAUAUCUCUGUUUCUAGAUUAGCUUUUCUCAGUAUUGUAACGAGUUCGCUACCAGUCGGGUGGAUGGCGACCUCCUUCUUCAGCUAACGGAAGAAAUGCUGAAAGAAGAUAUUGGGAUUAAAAACGGAAUCCUCCGGAAGAGGUUCCUCAGGGAAUUGAGUCUUUUAAAACGAAUGGCUGAUUAUUCUUCUUGUGAUUCUACCAAUUUAAACCGCCUUCUGCAAGACCUUGGUUUGGAUUUGAGUCAAUACACCUAUCCUAUGUUGCAGUGUGGUGUGGAUAAAGACACUUUACUGUUGUUGUCUGAGGAACAGAUGGCCAGAGAAUGUGGUGUAGAUAAUAGUAUACAUCGGAUACGAAUCUCCCAGGCUAUUCGAGGUGAAGUUAGGCUUACUGAAAAUGUAUUUUUAAACUAAUAUAAGAUCGCUUAGACUUUUGGAAAUAAACAUAGGCUUUCUAAAAGUUUACCUUCAAACUAAUAUCAAGAUUGUCUAGGCUUUUUAAUGAAGUUAAGCUUACUGAAUGUUUACUUGUAAACUAACAUUGCGAUCUUCAGGCUAUUCGAGGUGAA